AUGACAUCGCAGAGAAACCAGAAAGACGCCAAGCCGGUCAUUUUAGACACCAAACAGGACACGGAUGAUGUCCACCGAACGCUGGAAAAGGGGAGGGGACUGUCGCAGAAGGAGCGGACUGAGGAAGAGCUGCUGCGCUCCAGAAUAGACGAGCAGUCCAGCCUGAUCUGCAUGUUGAAGCAGCGAGCUGAUGGGAUGUUACUUCGCUGUCAGGCUCUAGAGCGAGUCAACACCGAGCUGCAGAACCUGCAAGUCAACAUGCAGACAGAGCUGCAGAACGAACAGAAGAAAUCAGAGCAGCUGGAGCAGAGGUUCAUGGACCUCACUGACAAUCACAGAGAGCUGAUCAACUUCAAAGAUGAAUACAAGCAGAUGAAUGCUGAGCUGAUGAAGGAGAACAAGAGACUGCGAGAGGAGAAUGAAAAGUUGUUCAGCCUAGAGCUGCAGGUGAAAGAGGAGACCAUUCACAAGCUCUCCCAAGAGUUGAGUGACCUCACUGAAAAAUGCAUACACUCAGAGCAAGAAUACAAGGACAAAGAAACUGUUUUCCAGAUGAAAUUUAAGGAGAUGAUGGAUUGCCAUCAAAAGAAAGACGCCUCUUUGCAAGAUAAACUACACAAGACUCAGGCAGAGCUACAGAAUGCAGUGGACAUGCAUGCAGAAGUGGUUUUAAAACUUAGGCAAAUUCAGGAAAGAGGAACAAUGAAAGAAACAGAGGCAGAAAAGAGGUAUGAAGCACUGAUGAAGGAGAAGAAUGAACUACUGGAAUUGUCCAUGCAAAGAGGGAAAAUUAUACAGGAUAAACAAGAUGAAAUUCAGGAGUUAGAAAAGAAGAAGAAAGAGGCAGAACAUGCAAGACAGGAAGCAGAGGACAGGUUUGAAAGUGAAGCAGCUACAGUGAAUACAGAACUGAGAGUAAAACAGCUUCAGCAUGCUCUCGAGACAUCAGAGCAGAUGUGCACUGAUCUGAAGAAGGGGUUCGAGGCAUACAAAAAGCACAGCAGUGACUUGCUGGCACAGGAAAAGGAGUUAAAUGCCAAACUUCGUCACAUGAUCAACACAUGA